CACAUAAACUCUAGUAUUAAUAUGAGUGUGACUUUAAGAUGAAAAACACAACUGAUUAUAAAUACUGUGCCAUCAGUGUUAAUGUUUGUGUCAGUGUGUGUUGUUUUAAAGACCCUCGCUAAACAAAGCCACUCUUAUUCUGAAAUCCUGAACCACAUCCGGCUGUCUGCUCUGGACUGUGAACCCAAACAGACCCAUGUCCACUUUAGCUAAAGCAAUGUCCAAGUUCCGCCUGGCUGUGGUGCAGCUGCAGGUGGGGGGGGUGAAGGCCGACAACCUGAGCCGAGCCCGGAGGCUGGUGAAGGAGGCGGCCGGGCGGGGGGGCAACCUGGUGCUGCUGCCGGAGUGUUUUAAUUCUCCGUACGGCACCAGCUUCUUCUCUCAGUACGCAGAGAGGAUCCCCGGAGAGUCCACAGAGCUGCUGUCAGAGGCAGCCCGGCAGCCCGGAGAGAACCAGAUCUACCUGGUAGGAGGAUCGAUCCCUGAGGCGGACGGAGGGAAGUUAUACAACAGCUGCAUCGUGUUUGGGCCUGACGGGAAAAUCAUUCUGAAGCACAGGAAGAUUCACCUCUUUGACAUCGACGUGCCGGGGAAAAUCCGCUUCCAGGAGUCUGAGACGCUGAGUCCAGGAGACGCUUUGUCCAUGUUUGAAACACCGUUCUGUAAAGUGGGCGUGGGGAUCUGCUACGAUAUCCGGUUUGCAGAGCUGGCUCAGCUGUACGGCAGACGAGGCUGCCAGCUGCUGGUGUAUCCCGGAGCCUUCAACAUGACGACUGGUCCGGCUCACUGGGAGCUGCUGCAGAGAGCCAGGGCGGUGGAUAACCAGCUGUACGUGGCCACAGCGUCUCCUGCUCGAGACGAGUCCUCUUCCUACGUGGCGUGGGGACACAGCACCGUAGUUAACCCAUGGGGAGAAGUGAUCUCAAAGGCCGGAGCCGAAGAGGAAGUCAUUUAUGCAGACAUUGACCUGCAGUAUUUAGCCGACGUCCGGCAGCAGAUCCCGAUUACAUCUCAGCGCCGACACGACCUCUACGAUGUGACGUCUGUGCAGCGAGAAAACAGCUGAUCGCAGAGAAGAGACGGACGAACGGACAAACACUGUCUCUGAUGCUUCUCUGAAGUCUCACUGAGGAAACAGGAGGGGCUGAUCGAGGGGCUCACUAAGAAGCCGUGAUUUAUUCAGUGUGAUGCUGGGGCUCAAAUGAGUUCAGAAAAACUACAUUUUGAUGGAUUUUGUAAGUAGAACAUUGUCAUUUAAAUAAAUGAAAAUGAAUUAUUUUAGAGCUUCCUUAAUGAGACAAUCUGCACCAUUUAAUGCAUUUAAUUUUAAACAUUUUUCUACAAAAUGCGACAGUAAAUUAAAUCAGCUUUGUCCUUUUUUUGCAGAUUAUAUGAUGUGUGAUUUUGAUAGUAGAUAUUUCAAAUGUAAAAAGAAAAUAUGCUGUAAAAUAAAUAAAAAACUAAAUCUCCUGUUUUAA